UAUUGUUUAUGGUAAAUAUCAUAUACACCACAUAGAGAACUAUCAGCAUGCAUGUUUAGAUUACAUAGAGAUUGUUACGCGCACUGUAAGGGCGGUGUGCAUCUUUUUUCGUAAAUGUAAAUUUGUGGAUAAUUUAAUACACACAUAAUGGGUAUAUUAGAGAAAAUAUCUGAAAUUGAAAAAGAAAUUGCUAGGACCCAGAAGAAUAAAGCUACUGAAUAUCAUUUAGGAUUACUAAAAGCAAAACUUGCAAAAUAUAGGUCACAACUUUUAGAACCAGGAAAGAAAUCAGAAAAAGGAGAAGGAUUUGAUGUAUUAAAAUCAGGAGAUGCAAGAGUAGCUUUAAUAGGUUUUCCAUCAGUAGGAAAAUCUACAUUGUUGAGCACAUUAACGCAUACAGAAUCUGAAGCAGCAUCUUAUGAGUUCACUACACUAACUUGUAUUCCUGGUGUUAUAGAAUAUAAAGGUGCAAAUAUCCAACUUCUUGAUCUUCCUGGUAUAAUUGAAGGUGCAGCACAGGGCAAAGGAAGAGGCAGACAGGUGAUUGCUGUUGCUAGAACAGCGGACUUAGUUCUUAUGAUGUUGGAUGCUACUAAGCAAGAUGUACAAAGGCAACUUUUAGAAAAAGAAUUAGAAUCAGUCGGUAUACGGCUUAAUAAAAAGAAACCAAACAUUUAUUUUAAAGUGAAGAAGGGAGGCGGAUUGGCUUUCAAUUCAACGUGUCCAUUGACAAAAGUAGAUGAGAAAUUAGUUCAAAUGAUCCUGCACGAAUACAAGAUUUUCAAUGCAGAAGUUUUAUUUCGAGAAGAUUGUAGUGCAGAUGAAUUAAUUGAUGUGAUUAACGCUAACAGAGUAUAUUUACCAUGCCUUUAUGUACAUAACAAAAUAGAUCAAAUAUCAAUAGAAGAAGUGGACAGAAUUGCUAGGCAACCUAAUAGUGUAGUAGUUAGUUGUAAUAUGAAACUGAAUUUGGAUUUCUUACUUGAAACAUUGUGGGAAUAUUUAUCCUUAAUAAGGGUAUACACAAAAAAACCUGGACAGCCACCCGAUUUUGAUGAUGGUUUAAUAUUACGGAAAGGUGUUACCGUGGAACAUGUUUGUCAUGCUAUUCAUCGGACACUUGCGCAGCAAUUUAAAUAUGCUCUUGUUUGGGGUACAAGUACAAAAUAUUCACCUCAGAGAGUAGGAUUACAACAUAUUAUGCACGAUGAAGAUGUUAUUCAAGUAGUUAAAAAAUAAAUCUCAUGCUGUUACAUAUGUGACCUACAAAUGAUUAUGUUAAAUUUUACACAUAGUUGCUUAAGGAGUACUCAUAUUUAAAAUUGUUUCGAUCUUUUUAUUUCUGUAAACUGAAUAUAAAUAUUCAAACUCUACAUUUUUAAUAUAAAAUUUUUCCAUUUUGUAAUUUAAUAAAUGAUAUUAAAACCUUUAAAUUUGUCUAUAAAACAUUAAAAUUUAAUCAUUUAAUAGUGCAACUUCUAAGAAAUUUAAAUGAAUUACUUUAUACAUAUACUAUUCUAAUUAUUGACAACAACUAAAGUAUUAAUAACAUUAAUGUUUGGCACUAAGUUCUAUCCGUGCUAUGAGUGAAAAAGGUUUCCAAAGGUUUGCCAUUGACAAUAAAUAAUAUUACUAAAAUUCCUUGCAUUCCAAGAUUUUUUGUUAGAACAUUUACAACUACUUUUGCACCAAUACCAAUACAAAGUUUGCACCACUUCUAAUUCAUACCACUUAUCUAUCACUCAAGGAACCAAUAUAUAAUUUUUUUUUAAUACAAUGUCAUUCCACUGUUCAUUUCUAUCGAUGUGUUUAUGAAUUUUGUGGAUAUAAUUAAUACAUAAUAAUAUUAUUUAUAAUACUAUAUCUAUCAUUCUCGCAUACAUUAAAGUAGAAGUUCAGGAAACAGACUUAUCAAAAUUUGAUCUAAAAGAACAUAUGCAAUGUGUUUGUUCAGUUGUGCAUUUUGCAAAGAAUCUAAAACAGAAUCCAUCAAUUCAGUCCAUGGUUUGUAAAGUCCUAUUAACCAAUAUGGCAAUAAAUUGUAUAAUCCUUUUCUUGCGCCUUCAUAACAAUUUUCACAAUUUCCUUGAGAAAUUCUUUCUUUCACGUGACUUUUGUCACUCAUAACUUUCGUGUGCAACAAAUUUACCACAGCAGCUGCCCGUCCACUGCUUAAUAUUUUUGCCAGAGUGUUGUAAAGCAAAAUAUUGACAAAUGGGUCCACCUUCGUACGAGUCGAGAAAGCGAACAUCCAAACAGCUCUUGUGAUUAUUGAAGGUACAUUUAGUAAUUUCUCCACUGAAAUGAAAAAAGUAAAAUUUAUAUCAAGUGAGUAGAAAACAAUUUUAUAUUUUGUGCCAAUAUUACUCGCUAAAGAAUUGUAAUUUUUAAACAUACAUAUUCACCCCUUAACAAAUAAUGGUUACAGGGAAAAUGAGAAAUUUACCUGCAUCUGCAAUUGAAAAGCAAGUGCCCUUUAUGUGAGAGCGUUUCGCAGAAGGAAAAACUAAAGUCUUUUGUAAAUUGACAUCUAAAUUGAGAUUGUUGCCAAAUGUUCCCAUUAAAAGGUCACGAUGUCCUUUUUUCUCAGUUUUAGGGACAUUCGAUUCAUUUGAAAGUUCAACUCCAAUAUCUGUAUAGCCAUUCUUGAUGUUUGUAGAUGCCAGAAACGUGGUCAUAAACUUAUCCAGAUUCUGACCUUUCUCUUUUCGCAAUUUGUAUGCCACAUUUUGGUACAGUAUUCCAAUAUCCGGUGUGCUAUAAUUUGUGAAAUAUGGUUUCAAGUUUGGCAUAGUCAGAAAAUUGUAUAACAGCUCGCUACUUCUGAGUACUGGUUUCGAAAGCAAUUUUUCUAAAAAUUCUUCGUAACGCUGUCUAUUGAGAGUACACGAAGGAUGAGGAUUUUUCCGUGAUGGUAAUGGCGAGUCGCUUAAUUCUUUAUCGCCAUGGAAUUCUGUUAAUCGUGUACGUAAAGCAUAAAAAUCUUGAUCACGGCGUAGAACUGUCCAAGACUUUCCUUCAGCUACAUUAUGCACCGAGAUCAUAUAAAGUGGUUGAUUAUCUCCAGAUUCAGUGUGCGGAAUACUGACUCGCCAAGUUGUCAAAUCUCUGUGGAAAGUAUUAUCUGUACAUUUAAUUUCACUGUACGAGCGUAACGGAUAAUCAAUUUCUUCGCCUUGAUAAAUGUCCUGGAAAGGCA